GUCUUUCUCCAGACGUGUUUGGCCUUACAUUUCUUCUCAUACAGUAUCUUGUAUGGCCAGUUGUCUUAUAGCUAUCUCCCGCUCAAUGCAGCACUCUCUCUUGUGAUGAUGAUGCUGUGUAUUACUGCUCCGAGGAGUGGUAUAUAUCCCAGAAGAGCAAAGGUUGUGGCAUGUUCCGGAAAGACUUCCCUUCUGAGAAGAGUGCAAAUUGAGUUGGCCGCUGGACUUACAUUAUAACUGGCCGGGAGAACCAACUGAAAUGGGUGCGUUCAGCAAUAGAAAGAUGAUGGUGUGUAUUCUGCUUGCUGGUCUUUCCGUGACGACAGCAUUCGUCGUCAAUGACUACGACGGCCCAAUGAACUUUUCCUGUCAAGGAGAUACUACUUUACGCCAUCUGUCUAGUAGCCAUACCAACUACUACGAAGACAGAGUGUGGUCGGUUGGCUGCUAUCCCGCAGUAGCCAGGUUAGAGAACUGCCAGUGGACAGGGUAUGUUAACGAUUUCGACCAAACGUUUGACUUUGAAUGCCCUGGGGAUGGGUUCAUCAAUGGCAUAAGAAGUUUCCAUAACAAUUAUUACGAGGAUAGAAAGUGGGCCUUUAAGUGUUGUGAAAUGCAAGAUCGCGUUAGACGCAAUUGUCGAAACACUGGAUUUGUGAACAGCUAUGGCGGUGACCUGAGUUACACAACAGCACACGCUUACCAGAACUUCCACGGCUGGACCAGUAUCCAUAACAACUACUAUGAGGAUCGAAUAUUUGAUUUCCAAGUGUGCGAUUAUGUAGAGCGAGAUGCCAGCGGGUUCUAACAUAUUCAUAUUACACGGCAAUGAUUUGUCAGAACUUUGAAAAUAUAAAAGGAUAUAUCUAA